AUGUCCCACCAGACUGGCAUCCCAGCUAGUGAAGAAGUCAAAGAAACCUUUGCCAGAGCUAGGAAUGGCCAAUACAGGUUUUUAAAAAUAGUUAUUGAAAAUGAGCAGCUUGUUGUGGGAUGUGCUAAACAACCUGGUUCAACCUGAGAAAAGGAUUAUGAUUCUUUUAUUCUCCCUCUGCUUGAAGACAGACAACCAUGUUAUCUCCUGUACAGAUUAGAUUCUCAGAAUGCUCAAGGAUAUGAAUGGAUCUUUAUUGCAUGGUCACCAGAUCAUUCUCCUGUUCGACAAAAAAUGUUAUAUGCAGCUACUCGGGCAACUUUAAAGAAAGAAUUUGGAGGUGGACAUAUUAAAGAUGAAGUAUUUGGAACAAAUAAGGAUGAUGUUUCAUUAAAUGGUUAUCAUAAAUAUUUGAUGAUUCAGUCAUCCCCUGCUCCUCUGACAACAGCUGAAGAAGAACUUCAACAAAUCAAGAUUAGUGAGGUAUUGCAUUUUGGUAUGGAAGUACAAACUGAAGUCAGUGUUGAAACUAAACAUCAAACUUUGCAAGAAGUUGCAUUUCCAGUAGCUCAGGAUGGCCUUCAGGCACUAAAAAAAUUGAAAAGCAAAGAGCUUAAUUAUGUACAGUUGCAAAUUGAUAUGAAGAAUGAAAUUAUUGUCCUGGCCAGUAUACUUCCAACUGAAUUAAAGGACUUGCCAAGACGAAUUCCUAAGAAUUCUGCACGAUACCAUUUCUUCCUCUACAAGCAUUCACAUGAAGGAGACUACUUAGAAUUCAUAGUUUUUAUCUACUCUAUGCCUGGUUAUAUGUGCAGUAUACAAGAAAGGAUGCUUUAUUCUAGCUGCAAGAAUCCUCUCCUAGAAAUUGCUGAAAGACAGCUAGGGAUACAAAUCAUUAGAAAGGUAAGACCGCAAUUCCAGACACUCUACUUCUUGACAGACCCCUGAGAUAAAGAUCUCUGCAGAUGAUAUUUCUUUUUCACACAAAAAGAGGAACAAUUUGAAACAAUAUUCAGUAGAUUUAUUACUGAAUCCAAAUGACUUUUGAAGAGAAUAAAAAUGGUUACUACCAUGUGCCACAAACAUUUGCCCAGGAAUAUUAAGCUGCUACAUUCACGUCACACUGAGAUAACAUUUUCAGUAUAUGGUAUCAAAUUAUUAAACAAUUCAGAUAAUAGUAGGAUAAUUCAACAAUGCUAUAUUUGAUAAUACCAUUCUCAAUUUUUGUUCCAUUAUCUGAUGUAAUACAUUAGGGUAAGAGAUUCAGGGGGAAAAACUUUUAAGCAUAUAAAAUAUUGUCCCUGAUGUCAUCCAUGUUCAUGUAAUUUUGUUUUUCUCACAACAAACAAAUCAGAAAUA